CCGUCGCUGUUUAAUGACGAAAGCGACCUGGAUUCGAAAAUGGCCGAACGAGAAGCAUUAGAAAGAGAGAUUGAGAAGUUACAAAAUCUUAUUAAGGACCACAAGAGAGUGCAUGGUGAUGCCCCGUCAAGUUCAGUUCAAUCUCAGUGGUUUUGCACAAAAAGUGGCCUGGGAACGGGUCGAGGGCACAACACAUCUUAUAUUCCCUCAUAUUCACAUCAGCCGCAGCCAUAUGCGCCUCAUUCUUCCAGCCAAUGGAAGAAAAAAUACUCGCUCAACAAUAAGACUACCAGAGCUCCUGGAGGCAGACCCUCACAGAUUUCUGAGGCGAAUCUAAACAAGACCAGACAAGUCAAGGGUGUGGCACCUGAUGCUUGCUCUCUCUCUGGUGUCAGUAAGGUUUUACACGAGGGGACGAGUAAGGCGAGCACAGUGCCUUCAUGCAGCGUAAUGGGAAAAGAGUCAUCACUCGGGAGUAACAAAGUCCCAGAUGAUGGUGAGGACAAGUCAGUAUUAGAACCUACAAGUACGAACAUUGAGUCUAUAACAGACCUGGCAGGGUUGUGUUCGUUAAAGUGUGGACAACAGAGUGGACUUGAUGGGAAGAUGAGACAAAACACAACAUCAAAUAUAAAGUGUUCAGCUACUUUGUUUGUUCCCUCAUCUGAGGAGUCCAGUGCCUUUAACAAAAAGCAGACUGCACCGCCUCAAGUGAAAUCAUACUUCACAAGUACUGUUUCAAGUAAUACGACUGUAAUAAUGGCUAAUAAGGACGCACCAUCUUCCUCUAUGCCUACGUCGAAAGUCAGACUUAAAGCAGAUUUGGCUCCAAAGAUUCCGGCGGCGUUGUCCCCUCAUAAGAAAUCUCGAUUUACCUGGGUGAAGAGCCAAGGGACUGAGACCAGCCAAACAAAAUUAGAGAUCCACCAGUUUUCACCAAUCUCACUUUCAGCAUCUACUGCUUCUCCAGGGAUGGCCAAGCAAACCCCCACUUCUAGCAAGAAGCUUCAUCGCAAGCUCAGUUUUUCCUCCAGCACCCCUAGGACCUCAAAGUACUCUUGGGUGUCGUCUUCCUGUUCCCCUACAACAGCUGCCAAAACAGCCUUAGCUAAACUCCCGCACAAGCUAUUUUCACCCAAAGCUCUUAAGGUGCCUGGAAAAAUGGCAAAGGAGGGACUAGAAAGCAAGAAACUCAUAACUACCGGUGUCGUAUCAAAGAGGGCUAAAAUCAGUGGAGCAGCUUCUACAUCUCAUGCGGGUCAUGGCAGUCGCUACAGCUGGAAGGCAGUUGCAGCAACUUCCUCUUCGGUUGUGCGUGGGUCCACGCCGAGGUCUUCUCGAAAGAGCUCAGUGUAUCGAUGGACUGCACAGAAGGAUGAGAAGGAUUCUGCAUCGCCGGUGUCUCGAGUCCAGCAUAGCCCUUCCGCUGCUCUGUCUAGCAGUGGAUUCAAGCUGAGGAGCAGAACCAAGAUCAUCAGGCGAUUCAGCAACAGUCCUACUUCAGAGAGGAGGCCUAGUGUCGGCGUGGUGACCAUCAGGAGUCGGUAUUCACUGCGAAGGAGGGCACACAGUCCUGUUAAGACCCCCAGCGGUGUCAGACGAGGCCAAUCCAGAGGGCUCGUCUCUUUGGGCAGGCAUAAACUUCGGCGUCUCUCUCCAUCCAGCUCCAUCACUACUCCAUGGAGCUCAAGAACAGGCCCGUUCUCUCUGCCAGUACGGAAUUCGGCAUCUCACAGGGUCAUUAAAACCCACUACAAGAUUGACACGCGUCGGACACACCUCCAGCACCACAACUCCACCCUCUACUACAGAGUCAAGAAAAUCCAGUCAGCUAGAUUUCUGUUGCAGUCUCGUCUUCGUGCGACCCCAGACAGGCAGUGGAGAGGGCGGGGCAUGCGGUGGAUUGGCGGGGAGCUCUACAGAGUCUCGGCCAAUAAGCUUUCCCGCACACAUCCUAGCACACCAUCCAACAGAUCAGGAAAGUUGUUCAGUCCUCAAGACGUAUCCUUUGGCAGUAGCAGCACUUACAGGACCUCCAACACACGGCAUGUGGCCAGUCGGGCGGUGCAGAAGAGUCUGGCCAUCAUUCGCCAGGCUCGGCAGAAGAAACAGCAGGCCAAACAGUACUGCAUGUACUUCAACCGCUUUGGCAAGUGUAACCGUGGCUCAGCCUGCCCCUACAUCCAUGAUCCAGAUAAAGUUGCCGUUUGCACCAGGUUUCUUAGGGGCACGUGUAAGCAGACAGAUGGGACGUGUCCGUUUUCACACAAAGUGUCCAAAGAGAAGAUGCCUGUGUGUUCGUACUUCUUGAAAGGAAUCUGCAACAACAGUAGCUGCCCCUACAGCCACGUCUAUGUGUCUCGCAAAGCAGCCGUGUGUCAAGACUUCAUCAGGGGCUACUGUCCUCAGGGAGAGAAGUGUAAGAAGAAACACACUCUCGUGUGUCCAGACUUCUCCAGAACUGGUGUGUGUCCCCAAGGGACUAAGUGUAAACUGCAGCACAGACAGAGGGUCAAACGUGCUGGAUCCAGCCUGAGCUCGGGCUCUGCUAAAAGAGCCCGCAGCCGCGAAUCAACAAAAAGUCCCAGGCCAGAACCAGAGUCCACUCCUGCAGAGGACGGCACGCCUAAGACUUGUCUUGCAAAGCUGCCCUCCUUCAUCUCUCUGUCCAGUUCCCCAGAGACCCCAGAAGGUGGUGUGAGCCCUUCAUGCCCCCCUGGAGCAGGGCCAGAGGGCACAGGCAAGAAGCUGCACAUCAAGCCUCGCUUCUAGAGCCAAAACCCAACUGCAGUCCUUCAACACACAGCCGGAAUGCUCCGGCUCAACUGUGGCAAGUUUCUGACUGCCGAAAAAGAUCCAGAAAAUGGUUCCAAAUUAUUAAUUACUGUACAUGUUACAGUGCUCGAGUUAUUGUAUAAUUUGGCAUAGAAUAGACCAGAAAUGGGCUUAGUACUACAGGUAAGUGAUGAAUGUCCAGCGCUUUGACUCCUAGUAUGUCUGAAUCCAUAGAGUUUAAUCACCAAGCUUAUUUUUAGGUUUUAUCACUUUUUUUGACUUGAUAUUUAACAUACUGCAGGUGCCUUUUUGAGGUAGUGCAUCUCAGGGAAUCUUUUUGUGCAUGUGUCACUUUUAAAACAUAUCUUCAGUUGUUUGUAUUAGAGAAAAUUGUAUUUUAUUGCAUAGUAUUUAAGUUUGUGGUUUUAUUUGUACUUUAAAACAAAACCCUAAAAAUUUCCAAUUAAAUUUCCAAUUAAAGACGA